UAAACAAAAAUCACGUACCAUAUACAAAUACUUAAGAAAAAUUUUCCAACACUUGUUUAAAAAUUUACUUUGUUCGAAAACUCUCAUUAUUGCGAAUGCAAAUUUCUUAAGAAGUAGCUUUCUGGAAUAUAAACAAUAACCUAAAGAGGUUUUUUUGAAGAAUCUGGUACAUAAAAAUGGAUUGGUAUAUUGGUACUGAAUGGAAAUUAGAAAAAAAAGGACUAAAGAAAAAGGUUAUCGACUUGAAAUUCACAGAAUUAGAAAAGCCGAACAAAGUGUCAAAAGUGAUUAUAAAAGUAGCAAAAUUUGGAAAUCUCAAUGAUCGGCCAAGUUUAUAUUUACGUGCGGACAAAAUUGACAAUAGUCAGGAACUAACUAUGGGAACGGCUAUAACACCAGUGGAUUACUAUUUGGAAAUGUUAGUGCAACAAAUGGUAUUAGGAGAAAAAGCACAUUGUUUUAUGCGUACUGCGUCUCAUAAAAAUGACGACAACGAAGACAGUGAUUUAAAUUUUAUAAUAACACUAGAAGAAAUUAUAAGCUUCAAAGAAUUUCAUAAAUUAGAUGUAAAGGAAAUGUAUAACUUAGCUGUUCAGUACAAAGAAUGUGGUGUAAAAAUGUUCAAGGAAUACCCGAAGUUUGCGCACGAUUACUUUUCACGUGCGGCUAAAUGUUUAAUUACUUACCAACCGUUUGAGCCUUUAACAGCUGAUGCAGAUGGUGUUGACGGAGAAGAAAUGAAGGCACUGUUGAUACAAAUACAAACAAAUUUGGCAGCCUGUUUGCUAAUGGAAGAACGAUACGAAGAUGUAAUAUAUUUAACACAAUUCGUUGAAUCUGUUGCAGAUCCUUCAGAAAAAAGCAUUUAUCGAAGAGCCGUUGCAUUUUAUAAUAUUAAAGAAUUUGCGAAGGCACAAGAAUUAAUUGAAAAAGUGCCUAACUACAAAGAAAAAAAGGAAUUUGUAAAACUACAACAAAAUGUUAAGCAAAGCUGGACAGUGAGUAACAACCAAUACAAAGAUAUUUUAAAACGCAUGUUCAAAUAAAAAAUAGUAAAAUAAAUUG